AUGGUAUCGGGAGCUCUGACGAUAGCGAUCACUUGUUGUUGUAUUUUCGGAAUUGCUGCUAUCGUAGCUGUUGAACCUAGCAUAAGUUUCUUUGAUGGCAAUGAUCCUUUCAAUCAGUGUAAAACGAGAAUUGAACGGAGAAUCACAGGAUUCUCUGGCGUCAUAUAUUCACACUCACUUUACGGCAGGGAACCGUAUAAUGCCAGCAGAAAUUGUUUUAUGAUGCUGAUUGCACCGCUGGGUUACCGUAUACGACUCAAGAUUAUAGAGUUUGAUGUCAAUGGUAAUAAUUCUUCGUGUGAAAAGGAUACUCUACAUGUCUUCGACCACGAAACCUCGAUCGAUCCAUCUACGGUGCCUUCAAAAUCGAGUGCAACAACGACUCCUGGACCGAUUAUUGGUCAGUUCUGCGGACGGCGUAACAAUGUCACUGAUCUCAGUUUGAGUACAAUGAAUGCCCUGACACUGUGGUGGCACACAGAUGCCAUCCUACCGCAACAACAUCCUGCAAAAGGAUUUCAACUUCAUUGGAAUGCUUUCAGAGUAACAGCUGGAGUUCCAUGCUCAGCAGGACGUGAGUUCGCUUGCGGACAUGAUCAGUGUAUUCCAGUUCAGCUGGCUUGCGAUCGUUUCUCAGAUUGCCCUGAUGGAUCUGACAUAAUCUAUUCUAAACAGUUUGCUGCAAAUUGUGAAGGUGAUUUCAGUGUUUAUCUAUUCAAAGCAGGAAGGAUUGUCAUAAAUAAAAUCAGGCUCAUCUCAUCUCCACGAAAUAGAUAG